AUGAGCGAGAAGAACGAGCCGCACAGCACGCCGAAGACCACUCCCGGAAGCCCAGUCAUCCCUCCCGCGGUGACGCCGGUGGUGGUGAAGUUUUUGGAGCCAUCGAACAGAGAAUAUCCGCAACAGCCCCUCAUCGACGUGAUCAACAACAACAGCCUCAUCGCGUUGCUGUUCAGCGGCCAUGUCUGCGCCGUAUGCGCCCGGAAGAGCAAAACGCUGCGCCCGUUUCACGGCAUUCAACUCUGCGCCGUCCACCGCAACCAGAUCAGCCGGAAACACCCCCCUGCCGAAUGCGUCGAUUACAAAGGCCAUGGUUUCCUGCGACUGACGCAUAGUCAGCCAAGUGACUGCCAUGCUUGCACGACGAUCAUUGUUCGCCAGCUCACCGGCCGUGGCGGUGGA